UUGAUCAAAUAAAUGCAGCCAUUAUGAGCAGAAGAUACAUUAAAAAAAAUUAUAAUUGUUUAAGACUAGUGUGUAUAUGUAAAUACAUAAAUGAGUUAAAUGUUCAAAUGUCAUAUUAGAGGAAGCAUCAGGUUUUUACUAACAAAAUUAAAAAAUCCCCUUUUGCCUUUCAUUGACAUUUCUUGUUUUUUCAAACAGGCAACAGACGGUGCUGGUAUUUCACAACAGUGUUGCCCAAUCCCAGUGCACAUCCAUCAGCUUAAUUGAAUCUUCAUUCUGACACCACAAAUCCCUAAGAUAGCACUCAUUUAUACUUCCCCACAGAGAACACAGAGUCAGCACUUCAGUUGGAGACCCUUAUCUGCGUUCAUUUCAGUACACUCCAAACAUAUAAUGCACUUAUAUUAGAGAUCCAAGGGAAAAGCAAAUGGGGAAAUGAGUGGGCUUAUUAUAUAUGCUCUUAAAAAUUAAACUUCAAAAAGGGAGUUUUUGCAGCUAUUCUGCAAAAGAACCAUUUUAGGUUCCUCAAAGAACCAUUCAGUGAACAGUUCUUAUAAGAACACUUCCACAAAAAAAAAAAAAAAAAACAUUUUGUGCAAUGGAAAGUUUUCAUGGAUGUUAAAGGUUCUACAUGGAACCAUCAAUUUAUAAAAGUAUAACUUUAAAACUUUAAUAAACAUUUGAGUGAAAUUAAGUGUAUAUUUAGAUUAAUUUAACAAAACAAGUUAUCUGAGGAAGAUCAUUUACACAAUUUGGUUUCAUGCUCACUAAACAAACAAACACCCACACCCAGCCACCCACACACUCAUAUUCAUACACACACAUCCAGGCAUUAGUCAGAAGUGGAGUAAAAGAUGAGUAAGGUACAGAAGAAGUGAUUUUUUCACAACCCCGGGCUCUGACUCCUCCUCUGGAGAUGGUGGGGUGGUUUUUAGAGCUGACAGACUCAGACAAAUGUACAAGAGUGAAGUUACUCCUGCUCAAACUCUCCCAUGCAUUGCUCCAAACACCUCACCAGUGCUUCCCAUCUCAGAAGCAGAUAAACGCGCAUUCUGCUGGACACCUUGUAACCGGACACCUUCUUCGUGAAAUCUAGUCUGGAGAUAUUCAAGGGUGUCGCAGGAAAGAAAAUCCUCCUAAAUGCUGACAGAGCCGUGUGGCCUGAUGGGAUCGGACGUCAGAGACCUGAGCGCCCUGCUUCCAGCCGUCCCGAACGCAAACUGUUCCCUGCCCGUCGGAGGAGCUCCACAGUGGGGACCGAUGCUGGACUUUCACCCUGCCUCCCCGUACGGAUCUCUUCCCUCCCACUCCUUUGUCAAACAGGAGCCGGUUUGGGGGCCCACAGACCCUCACGAGGAUCCACACUGCGGUUUGGGGGCCUUCACCGUGCACUUCUCGGGGCAGCUCACAGGGAUGCAUGGGCCGUUUGCUGAUUCUCCGUCCAGCCAGAGCAGGAUGUUCUCCAGCGGGCCUUAUCUGCCAGGCUGCAUGGACAGCCCUCCUGCCCCGCGCACCCAGGGUUAUGGUACAGUAGCAUUAGAUGGAGCUCCCAAUUAUGGACACACACCUGCUCACCACACUCCACCAUUCCCCAACGAUACCUUCAAACACGAGGAUCCCAUGUCCUCCCAAAGCAGCAUGGGUGAGCAGCAGUACUCCGUCCCACCGCCUGUCUACGGAUGCCACAGUCCUCCAGACAGUCUUUUGAGAAAUAGCUUCAACAGUGAUAAUCUCUACCAAAUGGCGUCUCAGUUGGAAUGUGUUACCUGGAAUCCCGUCAGCUCACUGACACCCAGCAUAAAGAGGUACAGUCUCAGUCUCAUAUCAACACUUGUGCUUUUAAAAAGAAUUCCAAAUCAUUUGAAUUCCUUUCCUUUCCUUUCCUUUCCUUUCCUUUCCUUUCCUUUCCUUUCCUUUCCUUUCCUUUCCCUGCCCUGCCUUUCCCUUCCCUUCCCUUCCCUUCCCUUCCCCUUCCCUUCCCAUUUCAUUUUUCAGCACGACAUGGCACCUGCUCACCCUCCCAAACCACUGAGUUUGUUGAUUGCCAAUUAUUCCCUGUUUUUUUUUUUUCUCCAGGAUGUGCGGAGUGUACCAGGCAUCACUCCCUCUAAUAAAUCAUCAGAGAGCAGUGAGAAACGGCCUUUCAUGUGUUCUUACCCGGGCUGCAGUAAGAGAUACUUCAAACUGUCCCACCUGCAGAUGCACGGCAGGAAACACACAGGUGAGAAGCCCUAUCAGUGUGACUACACAGGCUGUGGCCGCAGGUUUUCCAGAUCUGACCAACUCAAGAGACACCAGCGCAGACACACAGGCGUCAAACCCUUUCAGUGCGACACGUGUCAAAGAAAGUUUUCACGCUCGGACCAUCUCAAGACUCACACUCGGACUCAUACAGGUAAAACAAGUGAGAAGCCGUUCACGUGCCGCUGGCCCAGCUGUCAGAAGAAGUUCGCCCGCUCAGAUGAGCUGGUCAGACAUCACAGUAUGCAUCAGAGAAACGUGAGCAAACUCCAGUCUGCUGUUUGAGACACUGUACAGUAUAUAAACACAAACACAGAUGCUGAGACACUCUCAUCACUCAAGACCUGGCAGUCGGUGAGCUGAUAACAUGAAGUCAGAUUUACUACAUUAUAACAGCAUCCAUGUGAGCAAAUGGUGCGGAAUGCAAAUAUGGAGUUUUAUUGAAGUUUGUUUUAUUGUAUUUGACAUGAAACACUGCCAUUUACUGAAGAAUGUAUCUGGAUCAUCUCAUUUUGUAAAUAAGAUAUGUGCUUCCAUUUGUAAUAGUCAUUUUUCACAUAUAUGGAUAGUUGAUUGCACUGGGUAUACUUUAAAAAUUUAUUUUUUUUUUAUAAAUGGCAUGAUGUGCUGGAUCACUCUUUUGGAAAAUAAAUUGUGGAUGCUUGAGAAAUGGCUAGCGUAAAAAUAACAUGCACUGUGAUGCCUGUGUAUAUAAGAUUGUCAAGUGACAGCAGUCUUUCUUAAAAUACCUUUUAUAAUAAACUACAUUAUAAAUUCUCA